AUGUCAGAAAGUGUGUAUGUCUUAGGGGCUGGAGGAAUAGGCUGUCUUGUAUCUUAUCCUUUGGCAAAAGCCUUCAAGCUCAACCUUAUUGUAAGAAGCAUUGCCAAGAGAGAGUACUUAAGAGAAAACGCCAAUAAAAUUCAAUUUAAGCAACUUUUUAAUGAGGGAAAUAUUGUUUCAUUUGUGGUAAACGGUGUCUACACUGCUGAUCGCAUCCCUGAUAAAAGAAUCAAAAAUUUGAUUGUUAGUGUGAAAACUUUCGAUACCAUUUCGGCGAUAAAGCCUCUUAUGGAAAAGAUUGACAGACGUACAAAUAUUUUGUUUGUACAGAAUGGUAUGGGUGUCAUUGAUGAAGUAUACGCCAAGCUAUGGCCUGAAAAGAGCAUUCGUCCCGCAAUUUAUCAAGGUGUCAUCAGUCAUGGUGUCUACCAAGAAUUGAAUGAAAGGAACACGUUCAAUUACGUCCAUGCAGGAUUUUCGGGACUGAAAAUAUGUAAAAUGCCAAGAAGCUUGGAGGAUGGCGAACAAAUGGUUGAUGGGGAUGGAAAUCUUGAAGAAGCACCAUCUUUCAUUCAAACGUUGAUCACUUGUGGUAAGCUCAAUGCGAAAUACUACACGUAUAAAGACCUGCUGGUUUAUCAGGUUCAGAAACUUAUGGUGAAUGAAUGCAUGAAUGCUGUGACCACAAUUUUAGAUUGUAUCAACUUUGAACUUUAUACAAAAGCAGCAGUUGUUCUUUUCCGUGAAAUUAUAUCCGAAUCUCUGAAUGUUUUGAACAAAUCCAUGCCUAUUUUAAAGGAAUCGACAUUGUAUGAUUCUAUUUUAAAUGUUGAUAGUCUUGUCGAGUAUACUAAGAAGUGUGGAUUUAUUGUUAAUGGUAAAAACUCAACUAGUAUGAGACAAGAUGUUUUAAAUUUAAGGGAUGUUGAAAUUCAAUACAUUAAUGGAUAUGUUGUUAAGCAAGGUAAAAAGGUUGGAUAUGCUGCUAGUGUCAACAAAACCAUAGUAUUAUUAGUGAAAACUCGGAUGGAGAUUAAUAGAGAUCGUGCAUCAAGGGACAGUUAA